GAGGAAGGGAGGGAGGAAAGGAAGGAGAGCGUGGUCGGGUUGGAUGUUCUGGAACAGGGUGAUGGCUAUGUGCAAGGAUUAUUGACCGGCCAGCCUCCGACGCCUUCGCGCCAAAAACUGGGAGGGCAGACGAAUAGCGGGCAGGCCGGCGUAGGAAUCGGCAAGAUCGACCUGAAGGGCGCUCAAAACCAAGCGCUCAAGUCUUUUUCCCGGGUCAAUAUCGAAAAACCUGAGGACACCGGACGGAAGGCAUCCAUCCUGGUUCGCACGCAAGGCGAGGGUGGGAGGUUGCAAAUAAAGACUUUGAGCUGGAUGGAUGCUAUAAAGCGAGACUUUGGUAUGGAGCACGUUGACUAUACCCCUGGAGGUGGAAGGUGAAUGAUUCUUGAAAGCAUGUAAUGUCUAGAGGAAGUAAUGGGUGCACGACUAGCUUAGAG